AUGGCUGAGACGGCAGCAAAGCGCCUCAAGACUGACGUGACCGUUGGCACACACAACGGCCAUUUCCAUGCCGACGAGGCCCUGGCUGUCUAUAUGCUGCGCCAGCAUGUGCCACAGUAUAUCGGUGCCCGCUUGGUGCGCUCUCGCGACCCUGCCGUUCUGAACGAGUGCAGCAUCGUCGUUGAUGUCGGCGGCGAGUACGACCCGGCGCGCAACCGUUUCGACCACCACCAGAGAAGCUUCGCCACCACCUUCCCCGGCCGGCAGACUCGCCUGAGCAGCGCCGGCCUGGUCUACCUUCACUUUGGCCGUGGCAUUAUUGCGCGCAAGCUGGGCCAACCCGAGGAGAGUGAGCCCGUUGGCCUGGUGUGGAACAAGCUGUAUGAGAGCUUCAUAGAGGCUCUCGACGCACACGACAACGGCAUCAACGUCUACGACCCCGAGCGCCUCAAGUCCGCGGGGCUGGAGAAGAGAUUCUCCGACGGCAGCUUCACUCUCGGCGCCAUGGUCGGCCGACUCAACCCUAACUGGAACGACCCGAUUCCCGAAGACCCGGUCGAGGCGCAAGCGCAAGAAGACAGUCGCUUCGAGCAGGCUAGCCAGCGCAUCGGCGAGGAGUUUGACCGCAGCCUGGAGUAUUACACUCUGUCCUGGUUGCCAGCUCGCGAUCUGGUGGCCGAUGCAUUCAAGGCACGAUAUGAGUGGGACAGCGAGGGCCGCAUUAUGGUGUUCAAGGGCCAGUCUCCUCCGUGGAAGGACCACCUCUACGCGCUGGAGGAGCAGGACCCUGAUGCCAACCAGGUUUACUACGUGCUCUAUCCGGAGAAGCCUGUGGAGGGCUCUAAAUGGAGGGUGCAGUGUGUUCCGGUGACCAAGGACUCGUUUGAGAGUCGCAAGCCACUGCCCGAGCACUGGCGCGGCUUCCGGGACGAGGAGCUGGACCGCACUUCCGGUGUCAGUGGCUGCGUCUUUGUGCACGCUUCGGGCUUCAUUGGAGGGAACAAGACAUUCGAGGGCGCCCUCGCCAUGGCGAAAAGGGCUUUGGAGCUGGAGAGGUUGGAGGAGCUGUCGAUGGACCUUCCUUAA